GUGUGUCUGCAGGCUAAGGGAGAAGAUGGCGGCGCUGGGGGAACCUGUGCGGCUGGAGAGGGAUAUUUGUAGAGCAAUUGAAUUGUUGGAAAAACUGCAAAGGAGUGGAGAGGUACCACCACAGAAACUUCAGGCUUUGCAAAGGGUCCUUCAAAGUGAGUUCUGCAAUGCUGUGAGAGAGGUGUAUGAACAUGUCUAUGAGACUGUGGACAUCAGUAGCAGUCCUGAAGUGAGAGCUAAUGCAACUGCAAAGGCUACUGUUGCUGCAUUUGCUGCCAGCGAAGGACAUUCUCAUCCUCGAGUUGUUGAGCUACCAAAAACAGAAGAAGGCCUUGGAUUCAAUAUUAUGGGAGGCAAAGAACAAAACUCUCCAAUCUAUAUAUCUCGAAUAAUUCCAGGUGGAAUUGCUGAUAGACAUGGGGGACUCAAACGAGGAGAUCAGCUCCUUUCUGUUAAUGGAGUGAGUGUGGAAGGAGAACAUCAUGAAAAAGCUGUAGAACUGCUGAAAGCCGCUCAAGGAAAGGUUAAGUUAGUUGUUCGAUAUACACCUAAAGUCUUGGAAGAAAUGGAGUCACGCUUUGAAAAAAUGAGAUCAGCAAAACGCAGGCAACAGACCUAAUACAGAUCAAAACUUGAUAUUCCAUUUUGCUUUUUAGCUAGAGAAGUUUUACUUGUGACCUACUGAUGGCCGCAAUGCCGAUGAUUGUAAAAAACAGAAACUUCCCAUGAAAUUCUCCUUACCAUUUUAUAAAUGCCUAUUUUAACAUCAUUUAUGGUUCCAGAAAUGCAUACACUUUUUUCUGACGAGAAGAAGUAAAAGGUGAUGAGGGCAAUUCUGUCCUGCUGUUUUUACAGGCCUUUUUCAAAUACAGAUUUUGUCAUAAACUUGUUACAGAUUUUUUAAGAUGCUUUUUUAAUAUUAAAAUGUACUUUUACAUUCUUAAUCUUUUUUUAGAAAAAAAAGUUUUCUUCAUUUGGCUGCUUAUUUAAAAGUAACAGUUCUCCAGUUUUGUUUUUUUUUUUGCUUAGUCAAUUUUUUUUUAACCUGUGAAAUUUCUUUACAGUUUUCCAAGAAAUUAAACGUAGCAGUCUCACCUGCAGCAGUUCAUUACAUUGUCAGUGUUAACAUCACUGCUGCAUUUUGUACUUUGAACACACAUACAUAAUCUAUGGUAAAUCAUAACUCAGCACAGUGGAAGUUUUUUACUUUUAAACAUAAUGUUUAAUGGAUAUUCAUUUAUACUGAUUUAUAAAAGUAAGUUUUUAAACACUGAAACAAUCAUUGCUAAAAUAUGUAUUCUUAAUAUUUGAGCAUUGAGGCAAGAGGACUUAAUUUGUUAGCAUUACAUCCCUUUCUAUUUAUAUUCAGUAUAUCAUAAAUUAUACAUAUAAAACAGGGCCAGAUUUCAUCUUUUGCAAAUUUUUUAAUGCUAUUCAUUUUUAUUUAAAUACACAGUGUUUCUUAUAUUUUGGUCCUUCCAUUCCUAGAGAUGAACUAGUUAUUUUGUGGUGGGAGAUAGAAGCAAGGGGGAAAAAGUAAUAUCUUUAACCUCACUAGUCUCAAGAGUUACAUAUUCUUACUAGCUCAAUUUAAAGAAUUUUAAAUAGGAAGAAAAGAUAUAUUUAAGAUAUAUAGAAAUUAUGAGGUCAGUAUCCAUAGGAAUCUGUAGAUUCUGUCAAAAUGAGUAAGAACUCAUGUUAAAAUGGUUGGAUUUACAGACACAGUCUUUGUUUAUGUUUGAAAUAAUGAUGGGGAUUUUUUUUUUUAAUGACGGGAAUUUUGAGAGAUACUUUACUUCAUUUGUCCACUGGAUGUCACUGUUUUACUAAAAGGCAGCUAUUAGUGUAUGACUGGGACUGAGGUCUUCCCAAAGGCUGAAAUCAGAGUUGAGGUUCAUUUUCAGUUACAACUUACAGGAACAUUUGUACUUUAAAAAAAAAAUUUUAAGUGACAGAUACUAAAAAGAAGAUAAUAGAUUGAAAUAUAUAAGGAAUUUGGCAUUAUUAUUGACCCUGUGUAAAAAAGUGGACAUUUUGUCAUAUUCCUUCAUGAAGAAUAGAAAUGUAUACUUUUUUCUGCAUGUUUGUGAGCAUUGUGAGUCUUAGAAGAUUAUUCCAGUUUUCAGUGCUUUUUCAGAAUAAAAGUCAAUCAGCAUAGUUAUUUAUCAUUUAGGUAUUGAACACUGGAUUGCAUGGUUGAAUGUGUCUUUAAUCCACUACAAAAUGUGCUUGUUAUUGAUAGGAUCAUGUUGUUAAAUUGUGUAUUAUCAAAAUCAAUUGAUGUUUUUAAAAUGUUGAGACCAAAGUAGUAUAGAAGAGGUAUGGACUUAAUUUAAUUUAAUUGUAUAAUUAUUAGAGGUAUUUGUUGUAGAGCUUUAUAUAUUAAAGAGAGUUAUUGGUGCAUAUA